AUGAAGGGACUUACAGUUAUCUUGCUUUUGCUUGUAGCUAUCAUGGUAUCUACAGCCGCUGUCCAAGGUGGGAUUUCAAGUUGUUGUCAGAGAACCUCGAACACCCAAAUCCAUCGAGACCUGCUGAAGAGUUACUACAUCCAGCAGCCGCCGUCGUGUUCUAUACCUGCAGUGGUAUUCACCACAAUUAGUGGCAGGAGAAUCUGCUCGGACAGUUCGAAUACAUGGACACAGACCAGCAUGGCCUAUCUCGAUGGAAAAGACUGGUGGAAUUUCAAGAUGUUGUCAGAGAACCUUGAAUACAGAAGUCCAUCGAGACCUUCAGAAGAGUUACUACAGACAGCAACCACCAUCAUGUUCUAUAACCGCAGUGGUAUUCACCACAAUUAG